AAGAGCUCGCGUGUGAUGUGUUUGUGUAUGCUCAGUGUUUUUCUCUCUUGAAUGUUUUAUUGAGUGUAAACAGAGUCUUGUCUCUGUGUAUUUUAGUGUUAAUGGUGAGAGAUGAGAUGUGCUGUAAAUCAGAAACUGAUCAGGGCUUACAGGAGGAGGAAUCUACUGAUCAAACCUCCACAGAGUCUCUGGAUUCUGUCUGUAACGCUGGAGAACAGCAGCAGAUCCUGCAGACCAAACUCAAGAUGUGCUCAGUCAAACCGAUGGACAGUGGGAACCAAAUGCAGAAUAUAACAGAAGCCAUAGCAGAUAAAUAUGAAGAAAAACAUAAUGAUGGUCAUGAUUUUAUUUUCUCAGAUGUAAAGAGUGAAUUAUGUUUGGAUGGAGAAAUAACAUCCUUGACUCUUUCCUGCAUCACCGGUGGAGAGACAUUGAGCUCACAGAGACAUUUAGAGAGAAAACACACAGAACAGAAACACUUCACCUGCACCAGAUCUGAGAUCAGCUUUACUACCUUACAAGAGAAGAAACUUCAUUCAGAAGAGCACAGAAAGAAGAAGAAGAAGAAGAAGAAGUUGUUUCACUGUCAGCAGUGUGGGAAGGAUUUUGGCUCCUUAUCUCAUCUGAGAGUUCACAUGAGGACACACAAUGCUAAAAAGCCUUUCUACUGCACUGAAUGUGGCCAUUACUUCAGAACCAAAGCAAAUCUUGAUUCUCAUAAGAGAAUUCACACAGGAGAAAAACCAUACGAGUGUCCUUACUGUGAGAAGAGAUUCAGCCAAAAAUAUAAUAUGAGGAAACAUGUGUUUACACACACCAAAGACAGUCCAUAUCAGUGCAGUGAAUGUGGAAAAACCUUUAGGGAUUCAAGUCAAUUAAAAUCACACCAAACACUACACACUAAAGAGAAACCCUUUCAAUGUUUACACUGUGAUAAACGUUUCAAUCGUAAAACUACUCUUACAGCCCAUCAGAUACUUCACACUGGAGAGAAACCUCAUUACUGUAGUGUUUGUGAGAAGAGUUUCAGUCGACGUGAACAUUUAGUGAAACAUCAGAGAAUUCAUACAGGUGAAAAACCUUACAAAUGCUCUCAGUGUGAGAAGACCUUUGCCCAGUCAGGUAAAUUUAAAGCCCAUCAGCGACUUCACACUGGAGAUAACCCUCAUCACUGUAAUGUUUGUGGGAAGAGUUUUGAUCAUAGAAGCAGGUUAGUGAGACACCAGAGAAUUCAUACAGGUGAAAAACCUUUCAAAUGCUCACAUUGUGAGAAGACGUUUGUUUAUUCAUCUAACUUUAAAUCUCAUCAGAGACUUCAUACUGGAGAGAAACCUUACAAAUGCUCUCAGUGUGAGAAGACGUUUGCUUAUUCAUCUAACUUAAAAUCUCAUCAGAGACUUCAUACUGGAGAGAAACCUUACAAAUGUGCUCAGUGUCAGGAGACGUUUGCUUAUUCAUCUAACUUAAAAUCUCAUCAAAGACUUCAUACUGGAGAGAAACCUUACAAAUGUGCUCAGUGUGAGGAGACGUUUUCUCAGUCAGGUUCCUUAAAAGCUCAUGAGAGCCUUCAUACAGGAGAGCACAGAGAGAAGCAGCAGCAGCAGCUGACGUUUGACUGUGAGCAGUGUGGGGAGGAUUUUGGCUCCUCAUCUCAUCUGAGACUUCACAUGAGGACACACAAUGCUGAAAAGCCUUUCUACUGCACUGAAUGUGGCCAUUACUUCAGAACCAAAAACAGUCUUGAUUCUCAUAAGAGAAUUCACACAGGAGAAAAACCAUACAAGUGUCCUCACUGUGAGAAGAGAUUCAGCCAAAAAUCUAAUAUGAGGAAACAUGUGCUUAUACACACCAAUGAGAGACCAAUGAGAGACUUUAAAUCUCAUCAGAGACUUCAUACUGGAGAGAAACCUUACAAAUGCUCUCAGUGUGAGAAGACGUUUGCUUAUUCAUCUUACUUAAAAUCUCAUCAAAGACUUCAUACUGGAGAGAAACCUUACAAAUGUGCUCAGUGUGAGGAGACGUUUUCGCAGUCAGGUUCCUUAAAAGCCCAUCAGAGACUUCAUACAGGAGAGCACAGAGACAAGCAGCAGCUGACGUUUGACUGUGAGCAGUGUGGGGAGGAUUUUGGCUCCUCAUCUCAUCUGAGACUUCACAUAAGGACACACAAUGCUGAAAAGCCUUUCUACUGCACUGAAUGUGGCCAUUACUUCAGAACCAAAAACAGUCUUGAUUCUCAUCAGAGAAUUCACACAGGAGAAAAACCACACAAGUGUCCUCACUGUGAGAAGAGAUUCAGCCAAAAAUCUAAUAUGAAGAAACAUGUGCUUAUACACACCAAUGAGAGACCGUAUCAGUGCAGUCAAUGUGACAAAGCCUUUAGGGAUUCAGGUGAAUUGAAAUCACACCAAACACUACACACUAAAGAGAAACUCUUUCAAUGUUCACACUGUGAUAAAUGUUUCAGUCGUAAAACUAAUCUUACAGCCCAUCAGAGACUUCACACUGGAGAGAAACUUAAUCAUUGUAGUGUUUGUGAGAAGAGUUUCAGUCGACGUGAAAAUUUAGUGACUCAUCAAAGAACUCAUACAGGUGAAAAACCUCAUCACUGUAAUGUCUGUGAGAAGAGUUUCAGUCGACGUGAACAUUUAAUAAAACACCAGAGAAUUCAUACAGGUGAAAAACCUUUCAAAUGCUCUCAUUGUGGGAAGACGUUUACUCAGUCAUUUUCCUUAAAAGCCCAUCAGAGACUUCAUACUGGAGAGAACCUUUACAAAUGCUCUCAUUGUGAGAAGACGUUUGCUUAUUCAUCUCACUUUAAAGCCCAUCAGAGGCUUCAUACUGGAGAUAACCCUCAUCACUGUAAUGUCUGUGAGAAGAGUUUUGAUCAUAGAAGCAGUUUAGUGAGACACCAGAGAAUUCAUACAGGUGAAAAACCUUUCAAAUGCUCUUAUUGUGAGAAGACCUUUAUGGAGUCAGGUCACCUUAAAUCUCAUCAGAGAGUUCAUACUGGAGAGAAGCCUUACAAAUGUGCUCAUUGUGAGAAGACGUUUACGGAGUCAGGUCACCUUAAAUCUCAUCAAAGAGUUCAUACUGGAGAGAAACCUUACAAAUGUGCUCAUUGUGAGAAGAUGUUUUCUCAGUCAGGUUCCUUAAAAGCCCAUGAGAGACUUCAUACUGGAGAGAAACCUUACGUCUGCUUGAUCUGUGAGAAGAAAUUCACUCAUGCCAAAAGUCUUCAAAAUCAUCAGAAGGAACAUACUGAUGAACAAAUAGACUGAAAUCCUCAUAGCAUCUAAAAGACUUUCCAGACUGACCGUGUGGUCCUAUUCUGCAUGCUAUAACAUGCUAUGAAAACAAUAGCUUUUAUUAUUAAUGACUUUACAUUGACCACUGUUAGUUGCGACGAAAAGCGAUUUUUUUUUUUUUUUUUGACCAAUGUGUCAAAUUUCCCCUCUUUUUUCCUGGUUGACCAAUGAGAUCUGAGCAUUACAUCACGUUCCCGGAGCUGCUGUAAAUCUACAGCACAGCGUGUCAGGUUGUUCUUUGUUUGUGUCAUGCAUUUAAAAUCCUUAAAUGCACGAUUUGUUGAUUAUCCUUUACAUAUUCAUUUAUUUUAUCAUUCACCUUUAUUUUAAUUAAUAUGUUUUAUUACACAGCUCUCUAAAAUACUAGAUUCUGAUUGGCCAGUCAUGACAUUCCAAGGUUCGUUCUUUUCAAAUAACUACCGCUCAAAGCAAAUAACAUACGGUUACACGGAUGCUCCGAAUCAUUUUGACAGAUACAAUUUAACAAAAUAUUAUAUAUAAAAAUUUAUUUUAAUAACAUAUCCAGCAUUAUAAGUGAUUAAACCAAGUAUUGCGCUCGUGACAUUUGAUGGUCUUAUCUUAAAACCAAAAUUAAACGCGUUUUUCUCAUGAAAGGUAUGCAUUCGUUAAAAAUUAGCAAAUGAAAUAUAUUUCAAGUCAAUAUAAAAUGUUCCUUUUCAGACUUAUGAGGUAAAUAGCCGUGUAAUAAGCGGGAUAGUGUACAGGCAGCAGGUUGUUAUCGCAAAAUAAGCCCCUUCAGUGUGAUACAUGAUCAGAGUAUCGGGAGUUAUUUCUGCAACCUGCUGCCUAUACAUUUUCCCUUAAAUAUAUAUGCAUUUUAUUCUAUCUAGUUUUUCUAUUCUACAUUAUUUUUCUUCAUAUUAUUGAAAUCUUAUGUUGCCGCUGUAUUGUCUUUAAAUGCUGAUUUGAGUCUCCGAUGGACUAGGUCGCAAGGUUUUUAUUAACCUCAUUAUAAUGUUGUAAAACAAUAAGUGUCCACUCUCUGUUUGAUAAAAUAACACCUCCUAAAUCUGCUUCUAGUCAGACAAAGUUACUCAGAGCAUUGACAGUGCAACUAAAAUUAUUCAAUAAAGCAUCUUUAUUUGAUUCAACAUCACUUCAUCUCCCGCUGCUGUUUUUCUCUUCAUCUCUGUGUCUACUUCAUGGUUGAUUUGAAGUAUUAACUCUCACAACAGAGCUGAUAUUUGAGCACAGAUUUUGUGAUUUCCUGACAGGACAUGGGAACUAUAUCUAAACUAUGGGGAAAAAAUUUACGCGUUACAAGUAACGCGCAUUACGUAAUAUUACUAUUUAAAAGUAACAAGUAAAGUAGCACAUUACUUUCAAAAUUUACACAUUCAUAUUUGAGUAACUUUUUAAAAAAAGUAAUGCGAGUUACUAUUCAGUUUAAUUAAUUUGAUUUAAAAAUAAAAUAAUGUACUGAAUUAAACUGAUCAUAUGAACAUAGAAUUACGCACUCUAUGCGCCUGAGCGGGAACAGUUUGAGUCAGAAACGGAGAUGGCAGGCCAGCGCUUGACAUUUUUGCGAUCAUAAAAACACCUGCAAGGCCUGAAAGAGAUCAAGCCUCCGCCAGCAAAAGUAAUGCAAAAGUAACGUAAGCAUACUGUCCAUAAUUGCGUUACUUAGUUACUUUUUAGUUACUUUUUUGGAGAGUAACUUAAUAUUGUAAUGCAUUACUUUUAAAAGUUACUUUCCCCAACAAUGUUGCUAACAGGUUAGCAACUAUGGUUUUGGGAAAUGCACCCCUGAUCGGUACAACAUUUAAGUUUGCCACCUAAGCAUACCAGAUAAAGCUAGACUUCAUUCAACAAUGUUAAAAACUCAAAGGGAUAGUUCAGCCCAAAAUUAAAAUUCUGUCAUAAUUUUCCAACUCUUUCCAUAGUAUUAAUUUUUCCAUAAUGAAUAGGGCUCAUGAAUGGUUUGGUUAUAAACAUUUAGUCCAGGGUUUCUCAAAGUCCGGACUCCGGUCCGGAUCCGGACCCGACGGGAACUUGAUCCGGACCCGCGUCCACUUCAUAUUACAAGUGUAUUAAUUUCUAUGUGAUUGAUUAAAUGUGUGCAUUUGCUACUUUACAGAUGCACAUUAAACUUGUAAACUAUUCGUUUAGUUUUUUUUUUUCUUUUUAGAUUUAAGAGUAUUCCUGGUCCGAAAAUAAAACGAAUUAUUUAAAAUUUUUCUGUGUGACGCUGUAGCCAUCACACACAGAUAUUAUGCACAGCUACUUCAUGUACUACGGCUUUUGAUCAGUAAGUCCUUAUCAAUCUGAAAUCACUGUUGGUUUGAGUCGUUUAAAACAUGCAUUUGAAAAAGCAACACUCGUCAAACAUAAUAUUUAUACAUAUUCUUUAUUAUCAUGAAAAUACCUGAAAAGGUUUGAAGAACAGGAAUAUAUCCUUAAGACAUUUCCUGGAGCUGCGUGUGUCUUGUUCUUCGUCUGCAGUGCAUAUUAAGUUUCUGCCCGAGAGCGCCCCCUGGCUUUUGGAUGUAGCGGCAUUUCACAGUAAUUCAUUGAGAAGCAUAGCAAGAAUCAUAAGCCAAUUUAUAGGCGCACCCCUAAUUUAGGUCAGUUUCUCUGCCUACCAACCACACUUUUUUGCCGUGGUUUAUGCAUCUGAUGGAGAACAAACUGUGCCAUUUCUCUAAUUAGGUUGCUCUGUAUUUUGCACCUGGUUACUUUUGGCAUAUUUCUUGUGUUUAUGUUAAAAAAUUUUUUACUUUAAAUGGAAAAUACACUUAUUUUUUUCCCAAACUAUUUGUGUUGAUUUGUUAUAUAAACAAAUUAUUUACAUAAAGUUUUUCCGGACCUAUGAAAAUUAUGAGAAUUCAGAUUUGGACCUUUGAAUGUAAACUUUGAGAACCCCUGAUUUAGUCCAAUAACCAUCAAUAAAUGCAACACAAUGCAAAUUUUGCAUACACAUAAAUGAAGGGGUGAACAUGUACAACAUCCUCAAUGUGACCAACAUUCACACAAACACACACACAUCCACAACUAAAAGAGUCUAUAACAGUGCACUUUUUAAUUUUUUCAAAUAAAAAUUGCUACUCGCUUACAUACAAUAAAAUUGAAUGAGACAACAAUUGAGCUUUCAUUUUAAUUGCUGAGAAACCACUGUGCCAUGCAUGCACACACACACGAGAGAUCAGAGUCCCAAUGAUUUGAUGAUGCUAAUGAAGUAGUUUGCUUUAAUCCGAAUAUGUGUAUCAAAUACUUUACCAUUAUGUUUUUAUGUUUUUCUAUAUGGAUAUAACCAGUUAUAUGUAUCACGUAGUGAACCAUUGUGUUUGUAGGAAAAUUUCCAGCAUGCAUUGCAGUUUGUUCAAAAAGUACAUGGGGAAGGUUCUACAUGGCGAGGGUAUGGACAAAAGAUCUACAGUCCCAGGAAUGAGAUCACCAUGUGUUUCUAUAUGAUAUAAUCCAUAUGUUUCUUCAUGUUACAAACCCUUGGGAAUAGAAGCAUAUGCUAAGGUCAAUGUAAAGGUCAUGGAUUGCGUGCGAAGACAGCUUAAAUACUGUGGUACAAGGAAAAGGUUUUCAGUGAGUCUUGGAGAUUUUGCAGGA